ACACCAAAAUUACGCAACAUUGCACCUCUCUCAAAUGUCAAUCCCGCCACCAAAAUCAUAACCUCAAAAAAAAAUCGAAUCUAAUCUCUAAAUAAUCGGUAUUAAUUCAACUUGUCACCACACGCACGCCCCCUCGUUCGAAUGCCUCCACACUCAUUCUUCUUUCCGUGAGUUAUGUUCAUUAGAAGACUCCUCUCAACCAUGCGAAGAGCCCCCUCACUCGACCGGCCCUGCACCAUCGCCGUGGAGGGCAACAUCGGCAGCGGCAAGUCCACUUUCCUCCGACACAUCGAGAAACUCGGCAACGUCACAGUCUUCUCCGAGCCCCUCGAAAAGUGGCGCAACUGCCAAGGCCACAACCUCCUCGACCUGCUCUACCAGGACCCCCAGAGGUACAGUUUCACGUUCCAGUCCUACGUGCAGCUCACUCUGCUUCAGGCGCACACCCAGAAGUGCUCGACGAAGUUUCGCUUCCUGGAGCGGUCCAUCUUCAGUGCGCGCUACUGUUUCGUGGAGAAGCUGAGGCGGGACGGAAUCAUGGCCAGUCCGGAGUACUCAGUCAUCGACGAGUGGUUCAAGUGGAUCAAGCAGGAGCAGGCGGUGGGGGUGGAUUUGUUCGUGUACUUGAGGACUGACCCGGAGGUGGUGUAUGAGAGGAUUUUGAAGAGGGAUAGGGCGGAGGAGAGGAAGGUUCCGUUUGAGUAUAUUAAGAGUUUGCAUGAGAUUCAUGAGGAUUGGUUGUAUCAUAAGAGGUUGUAUGAGUGUCCGGCGCCGGUUUUUACCAUUGAUGCUAAUGUGGAUUUGGGGAUGAUUGGGGAUGAGUAUGGGAGGUUUGAAGAUCAGGUGCUUAAGAAGAGGGUGGCAGUUUAGGAGGAGAGUCUCGUUAGGUUUCUGUUUUUUUAAAUUUUGUAGUUAAGUAAUGACGUCACAGGUGGAUUUGUGACGUCAUGUUAAAAACGUUGUCUGAAGUUACUUUAACGUUAGUCUAAGGGUAAGAGUACAUGUUGAUUUCUAUUUUUAUUAUAGGUAAAAGUAGAAACUAAUUCCAUUUGCAUUUUUUGAAAUUAAAUAUGUCUGAACUUAAGUAUUACAAUUUAUAUUUUUUUACCACAUACUCGUCAGUGCGUUAAUCACUUUACAAAUAAAGUUCUAUAUUUAACUA